UCGAUUAAAUGUUUUUGAAUGAAAGAAAGACAACAAGGGAGAAAGCGAGAGGCCGAAAAGUAAAAGAUAGGUUAAGCAAUUCAGAGCGAGUAAUGAUGAAUGGUUAUCUGGAUGUGUAUACUUGUUUCCAUAUGUGAUACGGAUGAAAGGAGGGGCAGAUAUGCCUGUGCACAAUUGACAAUGACUGAUAAAUGUUACCAUGUUAUCCGACGCAUACACAAUGUUUAUUACGGCAAGGAGGAACGGCGGAACCGGUUUGUUAGCCAGUGAUGUUCCGUUGAAUAGCGAGAAAGAGACAGAAAGCACCUCUCAUCUAUUCAUCGAUCGGCUUUAGUUCUCGUCCCUAGCUGCUUCGGCAUAAACCGCGCGUAUGCUUACGCAGCUACGUCAUUCAUGUACACAACCGUCUUGAAAAGUGAGCUUGGGAACAACAGUCUGCAGUUCGCACUUUCGGAGCUGCGACAACUGCCUUGUUAUUUACUUCUUUCUGCUACUUGAAUCGGUAUUUUUCUUCCUCUUUUUCAAGCUCAACGUUGCUGCCGCCAUUAUUGUCGACACGAGAAUUUCAUCAUUUUCAUUUUCACGUAUAAAAGUAUGGUAGGCAAAGAUGACGAAGUCGGAGAUAUCGACGACGAGAGUUUGGCGCGCGUCAAAUUGAUAUCCAGCAAAACAAGACAGCUGGAGGAAACGGCUGAUCAGGUUCGCCAGGACAUAAAAAACUGCUUUGAGCGACUCGCUGGGGUCCUAAGAGGCCGAGAGAAGCAGCUCCUUCGGCAAGUCGAAGCCAUUCAUAGACAGCAGCUAUCGCUUGUACAAACAAAUUCAGAGCUUUUACCAGCCACCUCCAACCUUGACGCAGAUUUGAGCACCGAGCAACAAUUGGUUAACCAAUUACUCCAUUUCGGUAGGAUCGAUCUCUCUAAUAGCAUCGCCGUAAACGACUCCGAACCGUACAAGGUCGAGGAGUACCAAGAGGCUGCCGAUGAUUAUGUUAGUUUUCAGAAAUCAUUGAAAAGUGAGACCGAAGAAAUUGACGUGUCCAGCAUCUUACGAAGGAAGCGCGACACUAACGCAUCAUCUAAAAUGACAACAAGAAACCUUGACAAUAAAACUGUGGAUCCUGAAACCAGUAUCAAUUAUGAAAAAAUUUCUUGUAAUGAAAGCAAGGAUAAUAGCUUUACUUCUGAUGCAACUUCAUUACCUAGUGAAAAAGUUUUACAGAGUGACAAUUUGUAUCUUGAAGAUAAAAGUAUUAAUACAUUUAGCUGUUCGGCUGUCACAUGCAUUCAAUGCAAUGAGCAUUCCAAGACAGCUGAUAAUUAUCCGAUUGUCAUAGCACAAGAAAAAACAAAGCAUGAAGGUGUUGAGCAUCCCAUACAGAUUCAACAGUGGCUUCAGCAAAUUUUAGCAGAAACCGAAACUGAGCCAAUCAUUCAUGAGAUUGGUCAAUUUUCGAAAAUACCAAAUACUCGAUUGUACCAAGAAUUUCCAGUAGAAACUUAAGUCUGAAAUAGUAAUUAUUGAAUUAAAAUUAAAUAAGAAAACAAAAUAAUUGAGAAAAUGUUCCAAU